AAUAAGAUUUUACAUUGUUCGCGUCGAACGUUGAUCGGCCCGCGAUUUUUAAAGCAGUUGCGAGCCAGUCGUUCGUCUCGAUCCCACGACAUGUUCGUCGUUUCGAACGUGUCGAUUCGAACCCUUUAAAUUUUGCAUUUGCGUUUCUACGAAUAAAUAAAUUAACAUUAUCGCGUUUUGUUUGCGUAUCGGCGGGUUUGGUUUCGUCGGUUUUGCUGCCGCAACAUCAGAUUCUUUGGCGUGACGCCGAUAUCGGUUGAUCCCGCCGAGUUCCGUUUUACGUGUUUAUAUAUUUUUAAUCGUUACGCGUUUGCCUCGAGUGCUCGUCUGUCGGUUGCAGUGUGUGUGUUUGUGUGAAGUCGUUCUUUCGUUCCCCGUUUUUGGAUUUAGCGGUUCACGAUUCCAAAUUACUUCAUCGUCUCACCGGAGUUUGCCGUCAAUGUCGGCAGCCUCAGCGAAUGCUACUUCGCCGGCAAGGGCACGGCCCUUGUACUGCCCGACGCCGACGCCAGCAUCCAACACGCUGGGUGUUCGGCUUUGGCAUCGAACGGCCAACAGAGCGCUGCCAUGGGGGGCUGUUCGAUGUCGGGCAGCAGCAGCGCGAUACAGAAACAUUUACAAUCUAUGUUCUACCUGCUGAGACCGGAAGAGACGCUCAAAAUGGCUGUUAAAUUAGAAAGCGUCCAUCCUACGAGGACGCGGUACCUAGUGGUCGUCUCCAGAAUGGGCGGACGGGGCGAAGAGUGCUGUUUACUGGGCAUUGAUUGCAAUGAGAGGACUACGGUGGGGUUGGUGCUUCGGGUAUUAGCCAACACAACUAUAACGUUGGACGGAGACGGGGGUUUCAGUGUCAGCGUCUGUGAUCGUCAUCACAUUUUCAAGCCAGUUUCGGUGCAGGCCAUGUGGUCGGCUCUUCAAACUUUGCACAAGGUCAGCGCGAAAGCACGGGAAGAGAACUACUUCCAAGGCGGCAUGACUCACGGUUGGGUGGAUUACUACGAAGAGCGUAUUGAGUCGGAGAGGUCAUGUUUAAAUGAGUGGCACGCUAUGGACAAUCUGGAGUCGCGUAGACCACCGUCACCCGAUUCGGUGCGGACCAAACCGACGGAAAGGGAGGAGACCGAAAAGGUAAUCCGAUCUACCCUUAAAGAAAUUAUGAUGUCAGUCGACCUGGACGAAGUCACUUCUAAGGUGAUCAGGUCGCGGCUCGAAGAGGAGCUCGAUAUGGAUUUGGGUGAAUACAAGAGUUUCAUCGAUCAAGAGAUGCUGGUAAUAUUGGGCCAAAUGGACGCUCCGACAGAAAUUUUCGAGCACGUGUACUUGGGCUCCGAAUGGAAUGCCAGUAAUUACGAAGAACUGCAGAGAAACGGUGUUGGUCAUAUCCUGAAUGUAACAAGAGAGAUAGAUAACUUUUUCCCCGGCACGUUCGACUAUCUAAACGUACGAGUUUACGACGACGAGAAAACCGACUUGCUGAAGCACUGGGACGACACCUUUAAGUACAUCACGAAAGCAAGAAACGAGGGUUCAAAGGUACUGGUCCAUUGCAAAAUGGGAGUCAGUCGAUCGGCUAGUGUAGUGAUCGCAUAUGCCAUGAAAGCCUACAAUUGGGACUUCCAAAAAGCUUUGCUACACGUCAAAAAGAAACGCUCAUGUAUCAAGCCGAAUAACAACUUUUUGAAUCAGCUUGAGACAUACCAAGGUAUAUUAGAUGCAAUGAAAAAUAAGGAAAAACUUCAGAGAUCCAAGUCUGAAACUAACCUCAAAUCGCCCACUAACAGUAACAAAACGGAAAAGAUUCCGCCAGGUAGCGAACCGACGCCCGUGGUUCAAGCUCUGUCCAAGUCCUAUGACUUGCAAUCUACCCUAUCUGGUCAAGACCUACGACAAAUGGGUGCGCGGCCGAAAUCCUGGUCUCCAGACAGCCUCGAAACGCGAGAACUACGGGAGGGAAUCAAAUCGUCUCCAGGAUUUUUAUCGUUGGAAGAUCUCAGCCAGAAAUCGGCAUCAAAGGAGAGCGUGCAAGAGAGCAAACUGUCGUUGGCCCGUCACGUGUUGAUACCCUGUGAUAACGGAGAAUCGUAUAGCGUGUCUCCGAAUAAAAUCGUUCACUUGCCUGGCCACGAUUCGACGGAUAAAAAGGAGUCACUAUCCAGAAAAGACGAGAGCAAGUUCGUUUCCGGCGUUGGGUCGCGGUUCGGCGAAACGAACGAGCAUAGUUCCUGUAAUUUUAGUUCAAAGACUGGGAAGUCGGAGACGACGUGGGACCCCGGGGAGGUCGAGGACAGCUGUCGGGACAGUCCAGUCAGUGCCGUCUGUGAUCAAAUAACUAAUUUAGUGAACGAGAGCGCUCCGCCGGUGUGGACAUCUUCGACCGUGAUCAAGACUCAAAGUGCUGUGUCCUGUUUAAGUAAUUUUAGUGCUAGUGGUAAUAGUGGUAGUAACUUUGUUCCUGAAUCUCAAUCUACUCGUAUUAAGAACGCUCAAAGUGAUCCGUUUUCGAAUCAAUUGGACCGGGUGUUUGAUAGAGAGGAGAAAAGGCAGCAGAGGCUGUCGGGGGUGGCGGCACCCCCGGCGGCCGACACUCAAACUUCAGGCGACGGGCAUCUAAGGGAGUGCCCAUCGCGCCAGAGUUCGUGGAGCUCGUACGACAGUGCCGUUGCGCUCGGUUUUCCGGAAACGGCGGAAUUGUCGAGGCACAGCUCGUGGGGUUCCGGCGACACCCGGAUGUUACCGAGUAGAAAUAGUUCGUGGGGAUCGUACGAUAUCCGGCCGAGGGGAUCUGUUUACUAUAAUAAUGAGAAAGGCGAAAAGAUUCUACACAGCACGUCGGAUCUCGAACACAGUUCAAGCGGCAUAUUUCCUUACGACAGGGAGGAGAUUCCCUGGCAUCCGGGCACCGUUAAACGCACCAAACAGCGAUUGGAAAACGCGCCCGCACGGCAGCUCAGUAAUGGUGACAGCUCAUCGAACAGCACGCUGUCUUUGGUAAAAACGCCCAGCUCGGAAACGCUACUUUUCAACUUUGCCGAAGCGGUGAACGACGCCGUUAUCGACAGAGCGAAAACGACCGAAGAAAAGUCGAGUGCCAUAUCGGAAAGUAUUGACAUUCCUGUAGACGAUCGAAGUGGUUCUUUGUCGCCUUCCGUGUCGCGGUUGUCUAUCAGCGCCCCCGAACAGUCGUCGAUGGGGUUCGUCUCGCAGGAGUGUUCGCUUUCGCGAUCCGCUUCCAAUGUUUCCCCCGCCAACGGCUCGAUCGUUAAACAGCACAAGAAGUUCUUGGAGGACUUUCACAAGGACGCGCAGGCGUCCAACAAGAGGUCGGAUGACUCGGAGAGCGGGGCUUCCGGCUCGUUGGGUAAAGUUAAAAAUUUAAAAAAAGAGUUCGAGGCGAAAUUGAUAUCCUGUGCUAAUUGCCCGGAACAAAGCGUUGCCGAAACGUCGGAAAACGGACUCAAAGUGACGACGAGCAAGACUCGGGUGAGCAGUUUGCCAUCUUCGCCAGUUUGCGCGCACCACGCCAAAGAGCAACCGAAAAAAUCCAACGACGAUAUGAAUUUCAAGGUGCUGCGGAGCGUGUUCGAGAGCAAGAAAGAGGAGAACCAGGUGAAACUCCGCCAGAAGCUCGGUAAAUCGAACGCCGCAAAAACCCGCAACACUUCCCGUUAUUCUUGCUUCGAGGUAUCGGUGGACAAAACUCCUCGGAUUAUUCAGACCCCACUGAUUUCCAACCUAAGUAAAUCGGAUACGGAAUACAAAAGGCCGCCGGUGGCACCGUCCGUUAAAAGUAUCACGGCGACGGUGAUCGCUAAGGCGGCCAAAAAGCAGCAGCAGUACGGAAAGAGUCACCCUCUGGCUAAGUUGAACGUUAAGCCGCGGCACAACAAUCCCGUGUACAACACUAUGUAAAGCUCAAUUAUUGAGGAAAGAAGAAGCAUCACAAAUUUGAUUUUAUUCGUGUUUUCAGGAACCAAUUAAAAUUUGAACGUAUAAGGAAUAAAUUCGAUAUAAGCUAUAAAUUGGUUUUGACAUGGUUAAAUGAUCGCUUGGCGCGGGAAAAGUUGUUUGUAGAGCGCGGGAGAGCUUUUGUUUCCAUCUUGCAAUGUCGUCAUCUGACUGUUGACAUAUGACAUUAAUUAAAUGUUUGUGUUUAUUGGGUCGAAAUACUAGAGUUUGAGGAGAAAAUGAACAGUCUGUCAUGACUACUGUCACGAUCCUUAAUGAUUUUCUGAGUUAGAUGAGGCGUUUCACUGCAGAAAAAUUUAUGACAAAGAAACAAAUAAAGCUGUCAUGUAAUUUAUUGAGAAGUUUCUAACCUGAUUGCAACAGAUCUGAAGAUGCUGGCAAAAAGUUAAGAAUAGGCUACUGUUAAGAAUAAAGAUUCAGGUGUGAAACUGAAAACAUUUGGCUAUUGUGUCGGAAGACAAAUAAUUAGGAAAAAAAAGAACCCAACAAAAAAAACUAAUUUUAACAAAUUUAAAAGGCUUAACCAACACGUUAAUCAAGAUUCUUAAAUAUACACUAAAUAGGUAUAAUUUUCUGGAAAACCCCAACAGGAAUUUAAAUUUUUUAAUUGUCAAGAAAAAGCUCAAUUUUUGAAUUUAGCGAUCAUGUGAAAUCUCGUCAAAAUGAAUUUUUAGGGACAAUAUGGUUUAUUCCGCAUUCAAUUGAUGUUGUAGUGUUAAGAGAAUAGAAGAAUUUCUUUAAAAUGUUAAAUUUUCGAAUUUUACGAUUUCAGUUUUACAAAUGAAAUAUAAAUGUAUAACCAUUGAUCGUUCCAACAAACGCUUUGCCUCGUCGAUAUUUGUUUACUUUGUUUAAUAUAAAAAAAUUGUUAUAGCUAUAGACAUAUUUUUAUUUUCUUUUAUUUGGAAUACGCAAUUCUAUUGAGUUUUUUUACUUUUUAGGUAAUGCUCAACAUACAAAAGAAAAUGGCUGUGACCGCACUAAUUUUUUUUUUGUUACGUAAAGUUAAAGAAAUAGUUUUAGAUAUUCAUUCUAUGAAAACAUUGACAGAGGAAAAAAUCCAUGGCAUACAGAAAUUAGCUCUAUGGUCAGUCAAAAAUAAAUAUGCAUAUUUAAAAAGCGUGUCUCUUAAAUAAACCAGGAGCCAAUGAUAGCAGGAAAUUAAACUGGCACAACCUUUAAAACAAUAACAAUAAUCAAAUACAAAUUAAAGACGUAGCGAAUGUCUCUCUAAUUUCUUUUUGUAUAUAUCUAAAAGGCAAGAUGUAACUGGUUUUUACGCAAAAAUAGUGCAAAUUAUCCGUUAAGAAGAAUAUCCCGCUUUCUGUUUGUACAUACUUUGCGGACUGUAUUUUUUGACUUGUUAAAAAAUCUGUCUGAAAUACUGUCGAGAGUCAUAUAAUUAAAUAAUUGUAUAAAAUAAAAACAUGGAGGUAUUGGUUGUUAUUUAAAAUAAUCUUGUCUUUUUAGAAUUCAGUUACUUGUUCUAAAUUAUCUUGUUUUAGGUAGAACACUCCACAUUAAUUUCAACAUUAUUUUAACGCCUUUGAUGAUUUUACUCUGAGAGUUGUACUAUUGAAGAAGGCGAUGUUCAGGACAAAUAAAUAUGUGCAAAAAAAUAAUAAAAUACAUACAUCAUCAUACAGUGUGUUUUUCAGCAUAAGCAAUGUCAGUGACGUGUUUGAAAUCUACGAUUUUUAUUUCUUAUAGAAAAUAAUUGGUAUUUGUUCUGAAGAAGGUAAUAAGUUUUAUGAAACGUCUGAAAUUUAAGGCAUCGAUUAAAAUCCCUGUAAUAAGCUGAAAGGAGGAGGCUGGUAAGUUGAGGGUAAAACGAUACUAGUGCUCUAUUUAAAAUGAGGCUUAAACGAGGUUGGAAUAACUUAUUACCAUUAUAGAGGCAGUGCAAGUAUUUUCACUAGGAUCUCUGUACACUUCAUUAUUGUAUUUCUUGCACAAAAAGGGAAGCUUACAUUUUUAUCAAAUUUCGACUGAAUACUUUUUAACCGACAAUAAAAACGACUCAACUUACUUUCUAAAACUUCGGUAUGUUCUCAAAUAUUUUACAGGCAUCGUAAAACUUUGAGCAAUGUAAAAUAUCACCAAUUGUUUACUUAGAUUAAGUCCUACGUUUAAAAAAAAAGAAUUGCUGUCGUUUUUUUUUUUGCUUUCGUGUAUUUGUGUGAUAGUAACUUUUUUUAAUUUGUACUAUAGGUGUAAAUUAUAAUUACGAUGUACCGCUUUAUAUAAAUGAAGAAAAGAAAACUGUUUACAUACACUUGAAAUUAAAGAACAUUAUUGUUUGGAAA